CUCAGCAUGGCCCGAACUCGAAGCAGGUGAUCAGAUAAGUAACAGAAUUCAAGAGCACAUGAUCCUAACAUCAGUUAUCUCCUGUAUCCACUAGUGGGGCGCUGAUGUCUAGUGUGUUAUCAUGACACUACAAAUAACUCGUGAUUCUACUUAUCAAGAUAAGUAAGCGUGUGGCAUGCUUGUAAUCCUACUAGUUGUAGUGCUGUCACAUGAUGCUGGCAUGUACAUGCUGGCCGCGACAGCGGACAGCGGAUUGACACAUGACAGGCGGGGAAGAGCCAGCUAGAAUGCAUUCCUAGAAGCUGUGACACGCCACCGAUGUAUUCUGGCCUCCUGAGUCCACUUUAUGUUGGUGCCGAUAUAUGAGGUAUAGGAAUGCCGCAACCCCUACAGUCAAGUGCUACUAAUAUAUUCCGUGACCUUGGAAUGAGGCACUGGAUCUGGAAGAAAUUAUACCAAAGGGGGCUCCGUGGCUGUUCAUCAUUGCCAAAGACAAAGAGAUGUCUCAUCGGAGUACUACAUCAGAUAAAAGGGUUAGGAGGUUUCUGCCUGAACCUAUCGAAACAUCAUCACGCAGUUCCCGAGUUCACCAGGUGAAGUUGUCAUCUCGAGAACUCAAUCCACUCAAGCAGAGGUGUCUUCGGGCCCCUAAGACAAAAUCAAACUUGUCUCAACAAAGUAAUGACUUCGAAGCUGUGAGGCGGAACCAGCCUUCCGAAAACGGGACCACCCAAACAUCUUUCCAACGGUCGAGGGAUAGGCAUCUGCAGGCCAGACUAGGAGAAUCUCACCUUCAGGAACAGAGGAGCUCCGUGCUUUCACAUCCGAGAAAAUUUCAACCACAACUCGUGGAAACAGAGAAACGUUCGUUUCGUCGACAGCAGACGCAGCAUACUUUAUCCUUUGAAGAAAGUAUACCGGGAGUACCCCGGGUCUCAAACAAUAUCAAUAUCGUUAGGGACCCGCCUGCAGACGAUGCAUCUGACGUCUCUAGAGAAUCGCCAUUCUCAUACAUGAGUCUGCAACAACGCCAGGAAACCAGGAGGCAUUCCUUUCGAGUUCCCGACCUCCCUGCAAUCCCCUCUAGCUGCAGCGAGGCUUCUGAUGCCUCCGGAUGCUCGGUAGCACACGGAUCGCACCCUACCCUCCUUCUCCAACGUGCUCCGAAAUCGGAAAACAACCCGCAAUCCCACCACGGAAACGAAUACUCGGAAUAUGUGCUAGCUCUAGCGACCCGCUCUGCAGAAAAACAACUUGAAGAACAGGCACUUGCGGCCUUCCCAAAUGAACAAGUCUAUCAGCCAGUGGAUCAUUUUGCCAUUGACAAAGAAGAUGAGGACAGUGUGAACGAGGACGAGCUACAAGUCCGCACAAGAUUGUUCCCAUCAGGCAAACACCGGCGGGCAUCAUCUGCAGAUCUGCCAUGGGAACUCGAGUACUUGCGCAGACAUAAGGAGGAAGCCGAGAUGUGUGAUCGUGCAAUGGCCGGAACAAAAAGGUUACAUUUUCCAUCUAUUGAUCGUCGUUCUUUCGAUGGAGCCACCCAGUCUUGUGGAAACUGGACUACCGGUUUUGGGUUACCACAAACAAAACAAGGUCCCAGCCCACCGAUGCUUGGAGAUGAUCUUGUCUUUCCACAAAGUUUCUCUCCAGAGACCACAAUAUGUGAGAGCAAUAGUACUGAACAUAAAUACCCACAGGACAAGUCGUAUCACCCCCCCGGGCUUUGGUACGCGAAUUCUCAUCUCUUCGAUAAUUGUGAUGGUGGUGGACUUUGGAUGGGGACGUGCAGAUCCAGCAAAUUUCCUGAUUCUGAAGACUCGCGGUCGGUGUGCAUGCGUGUGAGUGGAGAUGCCGGGGAGCCUACUCCUAAAUGCUCAACCGGGACGCUCACAGAACACGAAAAGCCGCCGCCCGUUUACUCCAGGGAAGUCCAAGCCUCCAUGCACACGAAUCAGCAUAUCAGCAAAGACGAGGACCUGGAUCGUGAACUCAAUGAUAGCGUUGUUACUCAGAUAUACAAUUAUCUGUCCCUGGGCUAUCCAUGUGUUGCUCGCUAUUAUGAUUAUGAACUCAGUAUUGUUUCCGGUAUCCCUGUCGCUGAUCUUAGGCGCGAUGAUCUAAAGACAGAUGCCAAAGGUUAUGUCAGCAUAAUGAGCGGGAAUUCAAUGGACAAAAGGGUAGCAAAAGGGGGUUGCAUGCGUUGGAUUGCCUUGCGUUUAUACAUACAAGAGUGGGCUAGGAAGCGGCCCAGGAUGACUGAAGGUGAUGGCGAUCAUGGAACAUGGGGGGUCUGUGAACGAAAGGGCAGUUGGGCGAUUUGA